UUAUCCCUUGUUCUUCGUUGCCGGCAACCGAUAAAUAAUUUUAUAAUAGUUAUUAGUUAUAUUAAUGUACUGAAUGACAAUUUAAAAAUAUUGUUUAUUUAUCAUUUUUUAUUAUUAUUUUUUAUUUAAUCUAAAAUCUAAACCUGACUUGACUAAUGUAAAUAUUUGUAAAUAUAAUUCUAUAAUAGUUUAGAAUAUUCUAUGAUAAUAGUUAUAUUAUUGUAUUAAAUGACAAAGCGGAAGUUUCACUUCUAUGACCUGUGCCUGCACAGAAUUGCUUUUUUAUAUUAAUCUAAUAUUCUAAUAGUAUUAUACAUAUCAGUGGCAUAUUUCUUCAAAAUGAAAAUUACUGUCAAAACAUACGACGACAACUUGAUUGUACUUGACGUAAGCGAGGAUUUAGAACUAAUCAAUUUCAAGGCAGUAUGUGAAGUAGAAACUGGAAUUCCAUCACAGGAGACUAGGCUAAUACGCAAUGGUCAGCUUUUGGUUGAAGAUUUUAAGACAAUGAAAGACUUAGGUGUUCGUGAAGGAGAUGUUAUCAUAAUUCAAAGAGUUGUGAAUGAUAUAGUACUACAAUUUGACUUUAGCUGUAUUCAAGUGCCUGGCUCAUCUAACCUUAUCAGACAAAGUCAAAUGCAGGAUGCAGAAUAUGUUAAAAACUUAUUUCUCUCCAAACCAGAAAAACUAGCUCUCCUUAAGCAAAAUAAUCCCGGACUUGCAGAUGCCUUGUCCUCAAACAAAAUUGAAGAAUUUUUAAAUAUCAUGGCUGAGCAAUUGGGAGAUCAAAAAAAGCGUAAGGAAUACGAUCGGAAAAUAGCAAAAGAUAUACGUCAAAAAAAUUUUAAAGCUAACAAGGAAGCUGCUGAAAAUAUUCCAAAACAAAGUAUUUGUCCCCCACAGUUUCAAAAUCUUCAACAAAAUCUUCAAAAUCCAGAAGAAUUUGCAAAUGUCAUGGCUGAGCAAUUGGAAUAUCGAAAAAGCGUGAGGAAAACAUUCGGAAUAAAGUAGAAGACAUAAGACGAACAAAAAAAAUUGAAGCUAACAUGGAUGGCCCCUAUGAAUAAUAAUCCAGGAAAAUGUGUUGUUGUGAAAAAAAUUAUUGUAAUAUUUAUUUGUGUGUCAUUGCUGUGUGCAGCUUACUACCUUGUAAGCUUUUAGUAAUUAUGUGAAUAGAAUUUUUUUUAUAUUUCUUAUAUUAUUAUUAUUGUACUAUUGUAUAAUUUUUAUUAAAAAAUAUUGUAUCAAAUUAUUAUCAAUUUAAUUACCGUAUUUGUACUAUUAUAAUAUAUUAUAUUUUGUUUGGAUCUUAUGAUCCGUUGAAAUUUAAAAA